AUGUCAAUUAAACUCUCUACCAUCCUCUCCUCCCUCUUCUACCUCCUCCCUCUCUACCUCUUCGUCUUCGCCCCCCUCCUCCGCCAAUUCUUCCCAGAAGAAGAAUCCCCCCUCAGCCCAUCCACCGCCGACUACCUCUUCCCCAACGGCGCAAACGACCAAGACGCAGACGACCUCGCCCCCUCCCAAGCCCUCAACCUCCUCGACGACACCUUCAUCAGCAUCGACGACGGCAUCACCCCCGACUGCCCCCUCGACCCAACCUACCGCAUCCACUUCCUCUCCCGCACCCCCCUAGUCAUCUACAUCGAAGGCUUCCUCACCACCCCGGAAGCAGACCACCUCGUCGACAUCAGGUACCUUUCGCCUUCUAUCCACAGUUCCACACGAGCCUCACUAACGCUUACCAAAAGCGUAGGAAAAUACACCCCCAGUAUAAUCUACAACGGCAUCACCGAGCGCGUCGACCCCUCCACGCGGCUCUCCGACCGCGCCCUGCUCGACCGCGACCCCACCGUCCGGUGUAUCGAGGACCGCGCGCGCGCCUUCCAGGGGUGGCGUCCACACCUGUACAUCGAGCGCAUGUGGGCCCAGCGCUACAACGCCUCCGGCCACUACAGGCACCACUAUGACUGGGCGGGCUCCGUCGCGCGCGGCGGCGACCGCGCCAGCACGUUCAUGGUUUAUCUGGAUGAUAACUGUACCGGCGGGGGGACGAAUUUCCCGCGCUUGCGUAUGCCGGUUGAUAGGCGGUGGUGUCGGUUUUUGGAGUGUCAUGAAGAUGAAGAGACCCUGGAGGUGGGAGACGGGGACAAGGACAAAGCGCCGAAAAGAAAGGCGAGGGCCAGAGGGACGGGGGAAGGCAUCACGUUCAAACCUAUCAAGGGGAAUGCGAUUUUCUGGGAGAAUCUGAGGCCCGAUGGGACGGGGUAUCCCGAGACAUGGCAUGCGGCGCUGCCCGUCACGUCGGGGACGAAGGUUGGUUUGAAUAUUUGGAGUUGGUACCAGCCGCCGCGGAGGAGUUGA